AUGCUAACAUCUUUGRUUUGUAACAGUCUUGUUGUCAUGGUGGUGGCCAAAAACAAACGAAUGCGAACGGCUGUUAACAUGUUCAUUGUGAAYAUGGCUGUCAGUGAUCUACUCGUAACUGUGUUCUUUAUGCCGCGUAUGUUGAGCAGAAUAUUUACAGGAAUUGAAUGGAAAAUAUCAGGCGCUACUGGACUUAUUCUAUGUAAGAUAUCCCCAUCUAUGCAAGAACUCUGUUCAUCUUUAUCAGUCCUGAUGUUUAUUGCUAUCGCUGUGGAACGUUUUAUUGCUGUCCUAAUGCCUUUAAGGACUUUAGUCACAAAGAAAAUAUCAUGUUUUAUYAGUGUUUGGAUAUGGAUCAUAUCGUUAGCAAUCCGAUUCCCGUCUUUCUAUGGGUUACAACUGGUUCAYAUUAAAUCUAACACAUACUGUAUCUUAAGGCUUGACGAUCCGAUAGCGAACAAAAUAUACCAACAUUUCUCGUUUAUAACCUUCUACGCUGUACCGCUGUGCAUCGCAAUCGCGCUUUAUUCUUGUGUCAUGUGCACGUUAAARCGUCGAACUCAUCCAGGAAACAAAAAUCAAAUUCAACACAAUAUUCAACUAAGACGCAACUUGAAGAUUCUGAAAAUGCUUGUAACUGUUGUUAUAACAUUCACAAUUUGCUGGUUUCUUUACUUCUGUUUACCAGUACUAAGUAAAGAGAUGGAUUAUGACGUAAUGUGCCAUCUCUUUUUCCCGCGCUUCUUCCUCAGUCAUUUAAACUGUGCGAUAAAUCCUAUGAUUUACCUGGUAUGUAUUGAGAACUACCGACGCAGCGUGCGCGCUCUACUACCUAGGAUAAUUCCUGGACCAACAACUAAUCAAAGAAAACCUAUACCAUCAACAGAGAUGACCAGAUUGUAA